AUGGCAAAGGGUUUCGGCAUCAAACUGCAACAAAGGGUACCACAUUAUGUAGGCUUUUUUUCCUCUCUACCAGCAGUUUCGUCUAGUUCUUCUCACACUUUUCCCCUUCAAUUUUCAAGAGUAGUUAAGCGGGGGGUUAUUAGGUAUAGGCUCCCUCGUAGGGUUGUGUUGGGAAUUGGGAUUUCAUUUUGGUCUCAGUUGAUGAACAUGGCGGGUAAUUUUGGUGCCAAAUCGUUCGUAGCUUCUGCAAGACAAAAAGGCGCAGUUGAGAAGGUAUUAGAGAAUAUGGAGUGGCCUGAGCAAUUCCCCUUCAAAGAGGAGGAUUUCCAGCGCUUUGAUGAGACACCAGAUUCAUCAUUCUAUGAAGCUCCACGCUUUGUGACGCAUAUUGAUGAGCCAGCUAUUGCUGCACUCACUAAAUAUUACUCAGAGGUUUUUCCACCCAGUGAUACUCCUGGAGUUGCUCUGCUAGACAUGUGUAGCAGCUGGGUCAGUCAUUACCCUAAAGGGUAUAAGCAAGCCAGAAUAGUAGGAAUGGGCAUGAAUGAAGAAGAGUUAAAGAGAAAUCCGGUUCUCACAGAUUAUGUUGUGCAAGACUUGAAUGUUGAUCCUAAGCUCCCAUUUGAAGAUAACACCUUUGAUGUUAUUACAAAUGUGGUUAGUGUUGACUACUUAACAAAGCCUUCUGAUGUUUUCAAGGAGAUGUCAAGGAUCCUUAAACCUGGUGGACUAGCUAUAAUAAGCUUCUCCAAUCGCUGCUUCUUUACAAAGGCAAUCUCGAUAUGGACUUCAACAGGAGAUUCUGAUCAUGUCUUAAUAGUUGGAGCAUAUUUCCAUUAUGCUGGAGGGUUUGAGCCUCCUAAGGCUGUGGAUAUAUCUCCUAAUCCUGGACGCACAGAUCCCAUGUACAUUGUGUACUCGAGAAAAUUAGCAACUGCCUGA